UCAUCUAAUAAAUAUAAACUUGACUCGAGUUGCGGUUCGUUCAUGCGGCAAGACUAUCAGUGCCCUAAGUACGAACGGUCAGUCUGGACUGCGCGCAUCUAGUACACAGUCGUCCACAGAAGCCUGCAAUAUCUGUAAUCAUUCUGUUUGCGUGCCAUGUUUUGAUCUGAAACUAUGCUGAUCUUCAUUACUUGCCUUGUGGCUGCACUAGUUGUGCUACUUACAACCAAAAAGAGGUAUCGAUGGAUUUAUAUUCUCUACAAGACUUUACCAAGAGAUUUCAAAGCUCUCUUUAGGUUUACAUUGUUCAAUAUACGGAUAUGGAAAUGGGAGAACAACAAUAUGACCGCGGCAAAGGUUUUCGCUUCUCUUGUGAAAAAGCAUCCAAACAAAAUAGCGUUCCACUUCGAAGAUGACACGUUGAGUUUCAAAGAAUUGGAUGAGUACUCCAAUAGAGUAGCAAAUUACUUCUUGAAAUGCGGACUGAAACCGGGACAAACGGUGGCCUUGCUUUUGGAGAACUGCCCAGAAUACGUUGGCAUUUGGUUCGGCCUAUCCAAAAUUGGUGUUGUGACAGCCCUAAUCAACACCAAUCAGACUCUGGAUCCCCUGGUUCAUUCCAUCAAAGCAUCCGAAUCGGUGGCCUUGAUUUACGGAUCGAACAGAUCUGCUGUGGUUAGUGAUGUUUUACCGAAGCUGGAAUCGUUGAAGCUUUUCCAAUUCGUCGAAGAACAAAAAACGUCUGCACCUGGUACAGAUUUAAAAGAGGAAUUGAAGAAGAGCAGUACUGAUUAUUUGAAAAUCAUGGAUAAGUUUGGACCUAAAGAUAAGUUGCUUUACAUCUUCACUUCGGGAACGACAGGGCUGCCAAAAGCUGCUGUAAUCACGAAUAUACGUUUUAUGAUGAUGUCGGCUGCUUUGAACUUUAUGACUCAGCUCAAAGAAGACGAUAUCCUCUAUGACGCUUUACCAUUAUACCACAGCGCUGGUGGAAUGGUAGGUGUUGGUCAGUGUUUACUUUCUGGAGUAACUGUGGUCAUCAGGAAGAAAUUCUCAGCAUCGAACUUCUGGAAGGAUUGCGCCAAGUACAAUUGCACCGCUGCUCAAUACAUCGGAGAGCUUUGCAGAUACCUUUUAGCUACUCCUGAAACAGAGCCCAUUAAGCAUAAUGUGCGAAUUAUGAUGGGAAACGGUUUGAAAGGACAGAUCUGGAACAAGUUUGUAAAACGUUUCGGUGUUAAGAAAAUCUACGAGUUUUAUGGCGCAACCGAAGGAAAUUCUAACUUGAUCAAUAUUGAUAGCACAGUUGGAGCUGUCGGUUUUGUACCAAGAUAUGCUGGUGCCAUCUAUCCAGUGACUUUAAUCAAAUGCGAUAUGAUCACCGGUGAACCAAUCAGGAAUAAAUAUGGUCGAUGCACGGUGUGCAAAAUUGGCGAACCUGGCGUUUUUAUCGGAAAGAUAAAUCCCAAGAAAGCUGUCAACCAAUUUUCUGGAUACGCGGAUAAAACAGCCACCAAGAAGAAGGUUCUGGAGAACGUGUUUAAAACGGGAGAUUUAUACUUCAAUUCUGGUGAUAUUUUGGUUCAGGAUGAACUAGGAUAUUUCUAUUUCAAGGACAGGACUGGCGAUACUUUCAGGUGGAAAGGAGAAAAUGUAGCAACAUCAGAAGUUGAAGCUGUGAUUAGCAAUGUUGUAGACUUGAGUGAUGCCACCGUUUAUGGUGUAGAGAUUCCUGGAACUGACGGUAAAGCAGGAAUGGCUGCAAUCGUGGACAGUAACAAAACAUUAGAUAUAAACGUAUUAGCUAGAGGUUUGAAAGCUAGCCUUCCUAUGUACUCCUUACCCAUAUUCCUUAGGGUAAUGCAGUCGGUUCCAUUAACCGGAACUUUUAAACUCAAGAAAUUCGAGCUGCAAAAGGAUGGAUUCAAUAUCAACGUCAUCGAGGAUGACGUUUACUUCUACGAUGCCAAACAGGGAUCAUACGUCCCUCUCACUAAAGAUAUUUACGAGAACUUGAUCAGCGGUAAAGUCAGAGUUUAAGCAAUAAGUUAAUUUUAUUUUGUUGAUUUUUUUUUUGUAAAAUACAUUAUAUUAUUUUUAAA